AGAUGAAACGUGUCAGUUCUAGUGUGCUAAUCUUGAUCCUCUGUAUUGGACCCAUUACAAGUCAGACAAAAACUACUUGGGUACCAUGGACAACACCUUUCUCCUUUACUACACUAGCACCAUCAACACCAGGAUUACCCAGUACAGCCAAGACUUCAAUAGCAGAUAAUAAAAAUCAGAAAGAAACUACUUUGAUACCAUGGACAACACAAGCUAAUACAAAAGGACCUUCGACACCAGGAUUAUCCAGCACUGCCAAGACUUCAAUAGCAGGUAAAAAUCAGAAAGAAACUACUUGGGUACCAUGGACAACACAAGUUAGUACAAAAGCACCUUCAACACCAGGAUUAUCCAGUACAGCCAAGACUUCAAUAGCAGGUAAAAAUCAGAAAGAAACUACUUGGAUGCCAUGGACAACACAAGUUAGUACAAAAGCACCUUCAACACCAGGAUUAUCCAGUACAGCCAAGACUUCAAUAGCAGGUAAAAAUCAGAAAGAAACUACUUGGAUACCAUGGACAACACAAGCUAAUACAAAAGUACCUCCAACACCAGGAUUGCCCAGCUCUGUCAAGCCUCCAACAAUAGUUCAGACCAGUACAGAUGGUAAGCAUAUUACAAGAGCACCAAUUAGGAAAAAGGGUGAUGAAAUUGUGUCUAGUACAAUGGUUUCCUCAACAAAAUAUCUUUCAACAACAUAUGAAAAAGGUCCACCUAGUACAAAAGUACCUACAAUAAUACCACCUAGUACAAUGGUACCUUCAACAGCAAGCUCAUUCGCCACAAUAAAAAGAGAAGGUUUCACAACACCAGUCAAUGGACAACCUAGUACAGUGGUCCCUACAAGAGCAAGUCAGGCAAGCUCAUUCGCCACAAUAAUAAGAGAUGGUUUCACAACACCAGUCAGUGGACAACCUAGUACAGUGGUCCCUACAAGAGCAAGUCAGGCAAGCUCAUUCGCCACAAUAAAAAGAGAAGGUUUCACAACACCAGUCAAUGGACAACCUAGUACAGUGGUCCCUACAAGAGCAAGUCAGGCAAGCUCAUUCGCCACAAUAAUAAGAGAAGGUUUCACAACACCAGUCAGUGGACAACCUAGUACAGUGGUCCCUACAAGAGCAAGUCAGGCAAGCUCAUUCGCCACACUAAUAAGAGAAGGUUUCACAACACCAGUCAGUGGACAACCUAAUUUUGACACAGAUGCCACUUCUGUUUAUGAAAAAACAACACCAGGUCAACAAACCUUAAAGACAUCCUCAACUUCAUCUGAGCCAAGUACAACAGUUCCUUUAACACCCCCUUGGCCCAGUACAAUAGGGCCUUCAACACCUGCACCAAGUACAAUAGUUCCUUCAACAUCUGAGCCCAGUACAAUAGUGCCUUCAACACCUGCACCAAGUACAAUAGUGCGUUCAACACCUGCACCAAGUACUUUUGUUCCUACAACACCUGCAACAAGUACAAUAGUUCCUUUAACAAAUGAACCAAGUACAAUUCAGCCUUCAAGUCCCCCUCAACCAAGUACAAUAGUGCCUUCAACUCCCCCUCAACCAAGUACCAAAGUGCCUUCAACUCCCCCUUUACCAAGUACAAUAGUGCCGUCAACUCCCCUUCAACCAAGUACGAUAUUGCCUUCAAUUCCCCCUCAACCAAGUACAAUAUUGCCUUCAACUCCCCCUCAACCAAGUACCAAAGUGCCUUCAACUCCCCCUCAACCAAGUACAACAGUGCCUACAACUCCCCCUCAGCCAAGCACCAAAGUUCCUUCAACUCCCCCUCAACCAAGUACAAAAGUGCCUACAACUCCCCCUCAACCAAGUACCAAAGUGCCUUCAACUUCCCCUCAACCAAGUACAAUAGUGCCUACAACUCCCCCUCAACCAAGCACCGAAGUGCCUUCAACUCCCCCUCAACCAAGUACAAUAGUGCCUACAACUCCCCCUCAACCAAGUACCAAAGUGCCUUCAACUCCCCCUCAACCAAGUACAAUAGUGCCUUCAACUCCCCCUCAACCAAGUACCAAAGUGCCUUCAACUCCACCUAAACCAAGUACAAUAUUGCCUCCAACUCCCCCUCAACCAAGUACCAAAGUGCCUUCACCUCCCCCUCAACCAAGCACCAAAGUGCCUUCAACUCCGCCUCAACCAAGUACAAUAGUGCCUACAACUCCCCCUCAACCAAGUACCAAAGUGCCUUCAACUCCCCCUCAACCAAGUACAAUAGUGCCUACAACUCCCCCUCAACCAAGCACCAAAGUGCCUUCAACUCCCCCUCAACCAAGUACAAUAGUGCCUACAACUCCCCCUCAACCAACUACCAAUGUUCCUUCAACUCCCCCUCAACCAAGUACAAUAGUGCCUUCAACUCCCCCUCAACCAAGUACCAAAGUGCCUUCAACUCCCCCUCAACCAAGUACAAUAGUGCCUUCAACUCCCCUUCAAGCAAGUACAAAAGUACCUACAACUCCCCCUCAACCAAGUACCAAAAUGCCUUCAACUCCCCCUCAACCAAGUACAAUAGUGCCUUCAACUUCCCCUCAACCAAGUUCAAUAGUUCCUUCAACUCCCCCUCAACCAAGUACAAUAUUGCCUUCAACUCCCCCUCAACCAAGUACCAAAGUGCCUUCAACUCAUCCUCAACCAAGUACAAUAGUGCCUACAACUCCCCCUCAACCAAGUACCAAAGUGCCUUCAACUCCCCCUCAACCAAGUACAAUAGUGCCUUCAACUCCCCCUCAACCAAGUACAAUAGUGCCUUCAACUCCCUCUCAUCCAAGUACAAUAGUGCCUUCAACUCCCCCUCAACCAAGUACAAUAGUGCCUACAACUCCCCCUCAACCAAGUACCAAAGUGCCUUCAACUCCCCCUCAAGCAAGUACAAUAGUGCCUUCAACUCCCCCUCAACCAAGUACAAUAGUGCCUUCAACUCCCCCUCAACCAAGUACAAUAUUGCCUUCAACUCCCCCUCAACCAAGUACAAAAGUGCCUUCAACUCCUCCACAACCAAGUACGAUAUUGCCUUCAACUUCCCAUCAACCAAGUACCAAAGUGCCUUCAACUCCCCUUCAACCAAGUUCAAUAGUGCCUACAACUCCCCCUCAACCAAGUACCAUAGUGCCUUCAACACCUGCACCCAGCACAAUAGUGCUUUCAACAUCACCUCAAUCAAGUACAAUAGUACCUUCAACACCUGUGCCAAGUACAAUAGUGCUUUCAACAUCUGAGCCAAGUACAAUGGUGCCUUCAACACCUGAACCUAGUACAAUAGUGCCUCAAACAUCUGAACCUAGCACAAAAGUACCUUCAACACUUGCACCAAGUACCAUUGUGCCUUCAACGCCUGAGCCAAGUACCAUAGUGCCUUCUAUACCUAAACCUAGUACAACAGUACCUACUUCUACAAUUACUAGCACAACAGUACCAACAACAACAACAGUGCUGCCUUCAACCAGAGAUCCAAGAAUUGAUCAGUGUAAAAAAACUUGCAAAAAAAUAUUCAAAGUUUACAAAAGAAUGAUUGACUUCAACACCACAUUUGGUAACCAACUUACCAAAUUCAAAAGUGAACCGGAGAUUAGCACAAUCGUUCAGAAAAAACUGGCACGUUACAAAGCAAGACUUGCAAACCCAGAGGAGAAAAGAAAACGAACCAUCUUGAGUCAUCCUAGUUUUCAGUUCAACAUAGAUUUAGAUGUAAUGCAUUCUGUAAAACGAGAACUUGAACUCCAAAAAAGGGCACCUACAGACAGAGAACAGAAUUGUUUGGAUUUAUGCAAUAAAGCUCCAGGUGUCGCUGUCAAAUUCUGUGAGUUCAGUAAUGAAGUGGUUGUCUUGGAUAGAUCCCUAAUGAAAGUCCCAUACAUUGAUAGGGUUGUCAAUAAAAGACUUAAUAAACUUGAAAAACUUGGUUUGGUCAAUAAGAAACUUGAAGAAGGUGAGGAAAAAAGAUCUAUUGACGUUGAGGAAAAAUUUAUUGACAUUGAUACAGAAUCAAAUGAUAUUGUUGAGAAAUCAAGUGACCUUAAUGAAAGAUCUAUUGACACAAAAGAGAGCUCUUUAGAUACACCUGAUCUCACCAAAGUAGGUGAUGGACAGAAAACUAGUGAUCCAGAAGGCUAUAUUGAACAUGUCACCCAUCAUCCAAACAGUCUAAAUGAUGAAGUGGAUGGAGAACGAGACUGUCGACGCUGGUGCUCCAAAAUCGUGAAUUUGGCACUACAGCUUCAUAUCUUCAAAAAAUCCUUUCUGCAAGUUACAAACCGUCUAAAACGAGAUCCCUUAAUACGAGAUGUAGUUGACAAACGCUUGAACAAAAAGGGCAUUGAAGUUCUUGUAGAGAAAAGAGCAGAUAGUGAUGAAAGCUCGUGUGAUGAACUCUGUCCAAAAGUCCCAUCAAAGACUGUCAAAUUAUGUGUUUUUGAAGAGAGUUUGGUAAAAAUCAUAAAGAAGACAAGACGAUUGCCAUAUAUUAAUGAAUUGGCAGUGAAAAAGGAACAAAGGGAGAGGAAACAGCGCAUAAAGGACCUGACUCUUGAUGAAUAGAUGGAAAUUUCAAUACAUUGACAUUUUCAAAAUUUGUGUUAAGUACAUGCAUGGAAUCUUUUUCAAAUCAACAUUUUUAUGAAUUUGGUGUAUCUACCUUCACCUUUUAACUACCAAUCAUUUGAUUGGUAGCAUCAAAGAGCAUCAAAAUAUUUACCAUUCUACUUAGAUUGAAAUGAUCUCAAUUAGAAAUAUCACAAUGGACAUCAAAUAUGAACCAACAAAAGUUUUGAAUUGUACUGAUUUAUUGCAUUGGAAACUU